CUCUUGCAGUACCAGAGCCACAAAGCCACAAGGCAGCCUUGCAGAAGACAGAGUCCCACCAUGCCUGGCCCAGCACUGUUCUGCUGCGUGCUCUUACUGGCUGGAAUGGGGACCAGCAGAGGCCAGCACACCCGGGAUGGGAAUAACUGCACCCACUUCCCCGUCAGUCAGACCCACAUGCUCCGAGAGCUGCGAACAGCCUUCAGCCAGGUGAAGACUUUCUUUCAAAAGAAGGACCAGCUGGACGACAUACUGCUCACCGAUUCCUUACUGCAGGACUUUAAGGGUUACUUGGGUUGCCAAACCUUGUCAGAAAUGAUCCAGUUUUACCUGGUAGAGGUGAUGCCCCAGGCAGAGAACCAUGGCCCAGAAAUCAAGGAGCAUUUGAACUCACUGGGAGAGAAGCUGAAGACCCUCAGGAGGCAGCUGCAGCGCUGUCAUCGAUUUCUCCCCUGUGAAAACAAAAGCAGGGCUGUGGAGCAGGUGAAGAAUGAUUUUAAUAAGCUCCAAGAGAAAGGUGUCUACAAGGCCAUGAAUGAAUUCGACAUCUUCAUCAACUGCAUAGAAGCUUACAUGACCAUGAAGAUGAAAAGCUAAGACAGCAGAGCGUGUGUGCUGAGUCUACAGGCCGCCAGGGCUGAAACAGAGCUCUCUAGAUCUUAGCCAGCAGCCGCAACUCCUUGGAAAACCUCAUUGUACCUCUCUCCCAAGUAUUUAUUACCUCUGAUACCUCAGCUCCCAUUCUAUUUAUUCACUGUGAGCUUCUCUGUGAACUAUUUAGAAAGAAGCCAAACAUUAUAAUUAUAAUUUCAAAGUAUUUAUUAUUUUUACCUAUGUUUAAGCUGUUUCCACAGGGGCACUUUGUAGUACUUGAGUGUUCUAAGGGAAAGUAUGUUAUAUAAGGGGGGGUGGGGAUCCUCUUUGGGAAGCCAACGGAAGCUUCCGUUCUAGGACUGGCCACACUUUAUAGCCGCAGGCAUUAUUUGCUGUGAUAGCCUCUAGUUUCUUUCACCCUGAGUUCAGGGCUCCUGCAGGAGUCAUGAAGACUCUUCCAGGACUUAGGAAAAGAAACUAGGGACUGGCUUUGAUGGUUACCCUUCCAACAGCUCGGAGGGAAUCCCUGACCUCAUCCUCCAGCCAUUUCAUUCUUGAAAGCUGUGGCCAGCUUAUUUAUAACCGUCUAAAAUUAGUUCUAAUAGAACUCAUUGUUAACUAGAAGUAAGUCAAUUCCUCUGGGAA